AUUUUUUUCAAUUAAUUUUUUAAAAUUUUUCUUUUAUAAUAAGGCUUAAUUUGUUGCAAGAAUAUCUUAUUGAAAAAAUCAUAUAGAAAGGCAAAAUGACUAGCAAUAACAUACAAAAAAUAAUGCAAAAUAAUUUGCAUUUGAAUCCUUGGAUGCUAUCCAAGAACACAAACGAAAUUGUCAAUAGUUAUGUACAGAAAAUCUAUAAGCAAAUGCCGCAAGCAUUUAAGAAAGAUCCCAAACCCAAGGUGGCUGCAGAACGUCCCGAAAAUAAAGCCCCCAUACGCCUAUUCAAAGCCCAACAGCUAGAAGAAUAUGUCCCCCACAAAAUAGUUCCCCAAUUGGUUUUGAAUUCUGCCAAGAAGACUUCUCGCACCAAAGUGGGUAAUGCCAGAAAACUCUGCCACGAUCGUUUGGUGCAAUUAUUGGGAGCAAAUAAUUCCUACAACCUUCAGCUGAAAAAGAAAUACUCCAUCACUACACACAAUACGGCGGCCUUGCUAGAGAAUAGAAAGUUUCUCAAAUCGCCCAAUUUACAAAUCUACAGUUCUCGUCGUUAUGGCUCCAGUGCAAGUAGUUCUCGCUCGAGUCUUCGUCGUCGUCAUCGUCAUCACCAAUCCCCUCUUAAACAGGUGAAUAAUUUUUUGAAUUCCUAUCACACUGGUGGUGGUCAAUUGCUGGAUAGUUUUGUCAAAUAUUUGAUGCCUUCAAGGAAUCAGCAGAUGAAGGGAAAUUUGGGAUCUCUUCCAGAAGCUUUGAGGAUAAGCUCGACAAUACAAAAUGAGUUGAUGACUUUGGAUGGAAUAACACGCAAUCGUAUUGCAAUGGGGUCACAUAAAGUAAAAAAUCUUACCGAGUUGUCUUUUAAAGCAUCGGAGCCCAUAGAAAUUGAUCGCUUACGCUUGUGGAAACAUCCGCCACCUCUGGAGAAAUUCCCUCUUAGUGGCCUAAGGCAAAUUAUGGACCCUCUGGAUAAGCUUAAACCAUGUGAACAGGUACCCAAGAAACAAUUGAAACCAUCAUCCACCAUGAAUUUAAAGCCUUGCGAAGUGCCCAAUUGGAAAGAGCAGCAUAGACUACGACGUAUGAAAAAAUUAGGACUUAUUGAGGAAUCUCCAAAAAAUGAAUCAGUCAAACUGCAUUUCGGUGAUAAAAUUGGCAAAAGAGCCUCUACUGAAAAUUUCAUAAACGGAAAGCCUUUUAAAGCAUCAGCAGAGGGAGAAGCCUAUACUAAAACUUCAUCAGAGUUCAAUGCUGACACCCAAAGAUAUUUUCCUAAUAUGAUAAAGGCCGAUGCCUCAAUGGCAGAAAAAUCAUCAUGCCACAAACUCUGGGCUUCACAAAGCAGAAGCAAAUUGUCCUCUAAACCUGAUCUUUGCCUUUCCGAAGUUCUUCUUUCACCCAGGUCCAACAAAACAUCGACUCUUGGCGAGAAUUCAAAUCAAGGACCCUUAUCCUUGGCUGCAGCCAACAUUAAAACUUUGAUGGCUAAAAAUCCCAGCAUUUAUCGUCAUGGUGGGGCCAGUUAUGAUUUUUCAAUGGGAAAAUAUUGA